GAGCUGAAACGCGUCCCGGCGGCCUCCGCGCUCCGCUUCCCGGCUGCCCCCGCGCGCCAGGCACUUCCGGAAGUGGCGGCGCUCGGGAGGAAGUGCUGGUCGGCGGCGGGGACGAAAGGGGGGUGCCGGGCCGCUCUAGCCGCCCUGGUCCAGCGCCUCCCUCUCUCAGCAUGGACGAGGAGAGCCUGGAGUCGGCCUUGCAGACCUACCGUGCGCAGCUGCAGCAGGUGGAGCUGGCCCUGGGCGCCGGCCUGGAUUCGUCUGAGCAGGCGGACCUGCGCCAGCUGCAGGGGGACCUGAAGGAGCUCAUCGAGCUCACCGAGGCCAGCCUGGUGUCUGUCCGGAAGAGCAAGUUGCUGGCCGCGCUGGACGAAGAGCGCACGGGCCGGGAAGAUGCUGAGUACCAGGCUUUCCGGGAGGCCAUCACUGAGGCGGUGGAGGCGCCAGCAGCAGCCCCUGAGUCCGGAUCAGAGACCGUUCCUAAAGCAGAGGCGGGGCCCGAAUCUGCAGCAGGUGGGCAGGAGGAGGAAGAGGGAGAGGACGAGGAAGAGCUGAGUGGGACAAAGGUGAGCGCACCCUACUACAGCUCAUGGGGCACUCUGGAGUAUCACAACGCCAUGGUGGUGGGAGCGGAAGAGGCUGAGGAUGGUUCGGCGGGUGUCCGUGUGCUCUACCUGUACCCCACUCACAAGUCUCUGAAGCCGUGCCCGUUCUUCCUGGAGGGAAAGUGCCGCUUCAAGGAGAACUGCAGGUUCUCCCAUGGGCAGGUGGUCCCUCUGGAUGAGCUGCGCCCCUUCCAGGACCCAGACCUGAGCUCCCUGCAGGCCGGCUCUGCGUGUCUGGCCAAGCACCAGGAUGGCCUCUGGCACGCGGCACGCAUCACCGAUGUGGACAAUGGCUACUACACAGUCAAGUUUGACUCGCUGCUGCUGAGGGAGGCCGUGGUGGAGGGGGACGGCAUCCUGCCCCCACUGCGCACAGAGGCCACAGAGUCCGACUCAGACAGCGAUGGCACAGGUGACUCCAGCUAUGCCAGAGUGGUGGGGUCGGACACUGUGGACUCCGGGACCUGCAGCUCUGCCUUUGCCGGCUGGGAGGUGCACACGCGAGGCAUAGGCUCCAGACUCCUCACCAAGAUGGGCUACGAGUUUGGCAAGGGUUUGGGCCGACACGCAGAUGGUCGGGUGGAGCCCAUCCAUGCUGUAGUGUUGCCACGAGGGAAGUCGCUGGACCAGUGUGUGGAGACGCUGCAGAAGCGGACCAGGGUUGGCAAGGGUGGCACCAACAAGCCCCCCAGGUGCCGGGGAAGAGGGGCCCGGCCUGGGGGCCGCCCACCCCCUCGGAAUGUGUUUGACUUCCUCAAUGAAAAGCUGCAAGGCCAGGCUCCUGGGGCCCUAGAGGCCGGGGCAGCCCCGGCGGGGAGGAGGAGCAAGGACAUGUACCAUGCCAGCAAGAGCGCCAAGCGGGCGCUGAGCCUGCGGCUCUUCCAGACCGAGGAGAAGAUCGAGCGAACCCAGCGGGACAUCAGGAGCAUCCAGGAGGCUCUCACCCGCAACGCUGGCCAGCAUAGCGUGGCGUCAGCCCAGCUGCAGGAGAAGCUGGCAGGAGCCCAGCGCCAGCUGGGGCAGCUCCGGGCUCAGGAAGCAGGCCUGCAGCAGGAGCAGAGGAAGGCAGACACCCACAAGAAGAUGACUGAGUUCUAGAGAACCCUGCAAGCACUAUGGAUGAAGUGUGGGACCCUGGCACAGGCUGCCCUCAGAAAGACCAGUGUUGCCCAAGGAGGGGCCGGCCUGCUGGCCUGGGGCGUGCGGACCCUGCUGAGUGGAGACGGGGCUGCAGGGUCCUGUCUGGACACUUUCUUGCCCACCUGCCAGUGUCUUGGGCAUUUCCUUGGCAAGGACAUUAAAGUGAUUUCAUCACAGUGUCAUUCAGUGGAGAUCAGCUGGCUGCAGGGUCUCUGGGGAGAGAAGGGUCUGUGCAGGGCUGUGGUGAGCGGUGGGCUGGGCUGGAGGGGCCUAGGAGGCCAGCAUUCUCCCUUCUCUCCCUUCUCUGUCCAAGGCAGAUUGGAGGCCAGGGUGCCCGCCAGGCUGCCUGACACCCACAGAUGGGUGGAGCUCAGUGCUGCUCCAGCAGGCAAGACGGGCCAGCGGGCGAGACGGGUGGGAGGACUGUGGCCCACCACGUGGGGUACUCCUGGUGAGGCAGGCAGACCUGGCCCUGUGAGUUUGGGGGUUCUGUGCCAGCUCUGCUCACGUCUUCAUGUGUGGAGGGGAUGUGAGUUAGGCUGUCAGAACAGUGCGGGCUCGAGGCACACACGUUUCAUCUAGGCUUCGGGCGGGGCGCAGCAGGUGGGUGAGGCUGCGGUGGUGGCUGCUGCCCAGGGUGGGAGGCUCAGGGGAGGCGCUCGGCAACAGGAGCAGGAAGUGAUGAGGUGGGGAGCUCAGCCGAGGGCUGUACAAAGACCUUCCUCGCCUGCCCCAGACAGAGCUGAGGACCCCUGGCCGUGGGCUUGGGUCUUGGCUUCACAGGAUGGGGCUGCCAGUGUCCUGGGCUCCUCCUGCCCUCUGGGUUCUAGGGUGCUGCGCCCUGCUCCUCUGGCUGUGGUCGCUGUGCACAGCCUGCCGCAGGCCUGAGGACGCUCUAGCCCCCAGGAAGAGGGUGCGGAGGCAGCGGGCGAGGCUGCAGGGCAGUGCGAUGGGAGCGGAAGCGGUGAGUGCCAGGCUGUCCCGGGGACCAGGGCGGGGCCCGCAGGGGACCGACCAGCCUUCCUCGCCCCCAGUCCCUGCUGAGGCGGACCCACCUCUGCUCCCUCAGCAAGUCGGACACCAGACUGCACGAGCUGCACCGGGGCCCGCGCAGCAGCAGGGCCCUGCGGCCUGCCAGCAUGGAUCUCCUGCGCCCACACUGGCUGGAGGUGUCCAGGGACAUUACCGGACCGCAGGCAGCCCUCUCUGCCUUCCCGCUCCAGGAGCUGCCCUGGGCUCUGCCGGCAGCUGCAGCCACCGCAAGGUGCGCUGGCCCCGAGGCCACCUAUUCCAACGUGGGGCUGGCGGCCCUCCCCGGGGUCAGCUUGGCGGCCAGCCCUGUGGUGGCUGAGUAUGCCCGCGUCCAGAAGCGCAAAGGGACCCAACGCAGCCCCCAAGAGCCACAGCUGGGGAAGGCUGAGGUGACCCCGGCCGCUCAGGUGGACGUCCUGUACUCCAGGGUCUGCAAGCCUAAAAGGAGGGACCCAGGACCCACCACAGACCCGCUGAACCCCAAGGGCCAGGGAGCGAUUCUGGCCCUGGCGAGUGACCUGGCCUACGCGACCCUCCCGCUCAGGGCCCUGGAUGCGGACAGCAGCCCCCUGGAAAACGUGUAUGAGAGCAUCCGGGAGCUGGGGGACCCUGCUGGCAGGAGCAGCACGUGCGGGACUCGGACGCCCCCUGCUUCCAGCUGCCCCAGCCUAGGGAGGGGCUGGAGACCCCUCCCUGCCCCGAACACUCAAGGACUUGCGCUCCGGCCUCCAGAGAGGCCCGUCCCCCGCCCCGCCCCGCCUCACAGCUGACAGCGCCAGUCCCAGGUCCCGGGCUGCCAGCCCGUGAGGUCCGUGAGGUCCUGGCCGCUCUGACAGCCGCGGCCUCCUCGAGCUCCAGAGAAGGCCCGCGUCUAAAUAAAGCGCCCUCGCAGGAGGAACGCA